GCAGUCCCAGGGACUGGAUGGCAUGCUGGACCCAAGCUCAGCUCAGCGUCUGGGCCCAAUAAAGACUUUUCCAAGGGAGCAUCUUUCCGUCCUGGCCACACGGAGGUGCAUAGCGUAAUGUCCAUGUUGUUCUACACUCUGAUCACAGCGUUUUUGAUCGGCAUACAGGCAGAACCACACGAAGAGAGCAAUGUCCCAGCAGGACACGCCAUCUCCCAAGCCCAUUGGUCUAAGCUUCAGCAUUCCCUUGACACAGCCCUCCGCAGAACCCACAGCGCCCCGGCUGGGGUGAUAACUGCAAGGGUGGCAGGGCAAGCCCACAACAUCACCCUGGACCCCAAACUGUUUAAAAAACGACGGCUACGUUCACCCCGAGUACUGUUUAGCACUCAGCCCCCAUCUCUCACCAUAGAGGCUCAGGGCCUGGACUUUGAGGCCGGUGGUGCUGCUCCUUUCAACAGGACUCACAGGAGGAAGCGAUCUGACUCAUCCCACCCCAUCUUCCACAGGGGAGAGUUCUCUGUGUGUGACAGUGUCAGCAUGUGGGUUGGGGAUAAGACCACCGCCACGGACAUCAAGGGCAAAGAAGUGAUGGUGUUGAAAGAAGUGAGCAUUAACAACGUUGUAUACAAACAGUACUUUUUUGAGACCAAGUGCCAGAACCCCAAUCCUGCCGACACUGGGUGCAGGGGUAUAGACUCAAAGCACUGGAACUCAUACUGUGCCCCAAAUUACUCCUUCACUAGGGCACUGACCUUGGAUGACAGGCAGACAGCCUGGAGGUUUAUUCGGAUCAACACGGCCUGUGUGUGUGUGAUCAGCAGGAAGACUGGGAGAAGAGCCUGA